GAAGGGGGCCCGCGUCGGGCAAGAUCGUCGGGGCAAACAUGCGCCGGCGGCAGACGAGAUUGGCAUGUGAUCCUGGCUUCAUUGUAGAUAAUACGAACUUGUGAAAAUGGCGGAGGAACAGGUGAGUCGCCGAUCAAAAUAACGCGCGUACCGUCGCGAAACGCCGCGCCGCGCGUGUCCACUGGCGCGACGGGGCGACCGGGGCGGCGGAAAAUCCGCCGGCGAGAGAUACGCGCCGGAAUCCCGCGGAAAACGUGUGUCGAGACGCGCCACGUGUGUGUGUGCGUGCGUGCGUUUGCUUGGUGGUGGUGAUGAUGAUGAUGAUGGUGGUGAUGAUGAUGAUGAUGAUGACGACGAUGGUUAGUGUUGCACCGUGACACUUAGGGCGAAUUAGCGAGACCUGGGUAGCCGGGGACCUGGUGGGACGACAGUCAGUGCGUGUCCCCGUAGUUGGCCGCCGCGCGCGCGCGCGUCCGCGCAACGGACGACAACCGAACGACUCUCUGAGGGAGAAACGCCGCGACCGUGAGAGAAAAACUGUCGGCUCUCUCUCUCUCUUUCUCCCUCUUCCUCGGCGGCGGCAUCUCCUUCGCUCGUUCGUAUCUCUCGCGCCGUACGCGUCGAGAUAUCGCCGGAGGUAUCGCGCGCGCGAGAUCGGACCGUGAGAUCUUCGCGGUUACGCGCCCCCGCGUCGUCCGGUUCCACGUCCGGGAAAUAAACGGUGGUCCGCCGUGUCGCUCCGACACGACUGGUUGGACCUUCGACGACCGUUCGCGCCGCCCAGGAUCAUCUGAUCUGCGGGGCGGUCGUGCACGCGUAGACGCGAGUCCCGCUCGCGUCCGCGCUCGGCCGAGAUAGCGCGUUUUGGACGAUUUUUAUGUGAUAAGCGCGUUCAAUCCGCCCGGCGCGCGCGAUAACUACGCCGUGUGCGAGCGAGAGGUCGUUAAAUAAAGAUUCCUGAAGAAGUGAAAAAAAAAAAGAAAGAAGUAUAUAAUGAUGAAACUUUUAGACUUGUCUCGCACCUAAAUGGAAGUAUUAAGAAACAACUUUAAACAGUGCCAUUAAGAAUGGAUCACAUACAGGAGGUACGGCAGCUGGAGUUGCUAUGCAAACAGUUGUACGAGUCGCAAGAUUCUGCGCAUCGUGCUGAGGCGGAGAAGGCCCUUGUAGCAUUUCAAAAUGCUCCGGAUACGCUUACAAAGUGCCAGCUGCUCCUGGACCGCGGGGAUUCGGCGUAUGCUCAAUUAUUAGCUGCCACGACUCUGACGAAACUGAUAUCACGUUCGGCGCAAGGACUGAGCAUGCAACAGAGGCUGGAUAUACGAAAUUACGUACUCAACUACUUAGCAACACAACCAAAGUUACCGAAUUUUGUGAUACAGGCUUUGGUUACACUUUUUGCUAGGAUAUCAAAGCUUGGGUGGUUCGAUUCUGCUAAAGAUGAGUACGUCUUCAGAAAUGUAGUCAGUGAUGUAGCCAAAUUCCUUCAGGGGUCGGUGGAGCAUUGUAUGAUAGGAGUGCAGUUGCUUUCCCAGUUGACAUGCGAGAUGAAUCAAAUAUCAGAAGCAGAUGCAAACAGAUCUCUGACAAAGCAUAGAAAAAUAGCAAGUAGUUUUAGAGACACGCAACUGUUUGAGAUAUUUAGGUUAUCGUGUACUUUGCUGAGUACAGCUCGUGAAAAUUGCAAAAGUUUGAAUUUCAAUGAUGAAGCACAGCAUGGUUUGAUAAGACAACUAUUGAAGCUUGCACAAAAUUGUCUGACAUUCGACUUCAUUGGCACAUCGACCGACGAGAGCUCGGACGAUCUCAACACAGUACAAAUCCCGACCAGUUGGAGACCCGCAUUUCUGGACUUCACCUCGUUGAAGCUGUUCUUCGACCUGUAUCACAGUCUACCUAAUACGUUAUCGUGUUUAGCGCUCUCGUGCUUGGUGCAAAUAGCUUCCGUCAGAAGAAGUCUAUUCUCCAAUACCGAGAGAGCGAAAUUCCUCACGCACCUGGUCAACGGUGUCAAACAUAUAUUGCAAAAUCCUCAGGGUCUCAGUGAUCCGGGCAACUAUCACGAGUUUUGUAGAUUAUUAUCCCGACUGAAGAGCAACUUCCAACUGGGCGAGCUUGUAAUAGUGGAGGAUUACCCCGAGGCGAUACAGUUGAUCGCCAAGUUUACGGUGCAGAGCUUGCAGAUGUGGCAAUUCGCGCCGAACAGUCUGCACUACCUGUUGACCCUUUGGCAGAGGAUGGUCUCUUCGAUGCCUUACGUGAAGGCGAACGACCCGCAUCUGCUGAACACGUACACUCCCGAGGUGGCGAACGCGUAUAUCACGUCGAGACUCGAGUCGGUGGCGGUGGUAGUCAGAGAACACCUCGAGGAUCCCCUGGACGAUCUUGGUGUGGUCCACCAUCAGCUGGAACAGAUCUCGGUCAUCGGUAGAUGCGAGUAUCAGAAAACGUGCACUUUGUUAGUUCAACUGUUCGAUCAGGCGGCGACGACGUAUCAAGAGUUACUGACGCAAACGGCGACUCCCACUCAGCAGAUUGACAUUGCGAUUCAGGAGGGUCAGCUCACGUGGCUUGUGUAUAUUAUAGGCGGUGUGAUCGGCGGUAGGGUUGCGUUUAACAGCAACGAGGAGUUCGACGCUAUGGACGGCGAGUUGGUCUGCCGAGUCCUGCAGCUGAUGAAUCUAACGGACUCCAGGCUCGCGCAAGGUGGCUGUGAAAAAUUGGAAUUAGCGAUGCUGAGCUUCUUUGAGCAAUUUCGGAAGAUUUACGUGGGCGAUCAGGUUCAAAAGAACUCGAAAGUGUACAGGAGGCUGUCGGACGUGUUGGGUCUCAACGACGAGGCGAUGGUCCUCAGCAUUUUCAUCCGAAAGAUAAUAACAAACCUGAAAUACUGGGGUAGGAGCGAACAAAUUAUCUCGAAAACGUUGCAACUUCUGAAUGAUUUGUCCGUGGGUUACAGCUGCGUUCGUAAGCUCGUGAAAUUAGAAGAAGUACAAUUUAUGCUCAACAAUCACACGCGAGAACACUUCCCGUUUUUGGGGAACAACGUUGCUGUGACGGAAAUGCGCUGUAGAUCGAUGUUCUACACGUCCCUCGGUAGAUUACUGAUGGUAGAUUUAGGCGAGGACGAAGAGAGAUUCCACACCUUUAUGUUGCCUCUAACAGGUGCGUUGGAAAGUCUCGGUCAAUUAAUGGGCGCUGCGGACACACCGCUUUUCGCAGCGGAGGAAGCGAAGAAGGCGUUAAUCGGUCUAGCGAGAGAUCUACGAGGCUUAGCUUACGCGUUCAACACCAAGAUAUCCUACAUGAUGCUUUUCGAUUGGAUAUAUCCGAAUUACACGCCGAUUUUAUUACACGCCGUGGAGCUGUGGCAUCACGAGCCGCAGGUGACAACGCCCGUCCUAAAAUUAUUCGCUGAGUUAGUACAAAAUAGGAGUCAACGGCUGCAAUUCGACGCAUCCUCCCCGAACGGGAUCCUGUUGUUCCGCGAGGCCAGCAAAGUGAUAUGCAGCUACGGCAAUCAUAUACUGAACGUCGAGGUGCCCAAGGAUCAGAUCUACCCCCUGAAACUCAAGGGAAUAAGUAUAUGCUUCAGCAUGCUGAAGGCGGCCUUGUGCGGCUCCUACGUGAACUUCGGGGUCUUCAGGCUAUACGGCGACGAGGCGUUGGACAACGCCCUCAACACAUUCGUCAAGUUGCUUCUUAGUAUUCCACAGAGCGAUCUUCUGGAUUACCCGAAGCUGUCGGCAACGUAUUACAUGUUGCUUGAGUGUCUGGCGCAAGAUCACAUGGUCUUUUUAUCCACUUUGGAACCUCGGGUUUUUUUGUACAUCCUCUCCAGCAUCAGCGAAGGCCUUACAGCUCUAGACACUAUGGUCUGCACGGGUUGCUGCGCAACUCUCGAUCACAUCGUGACGUAUCUGUUUAAACAGCUCUAUCAGAAAGGUUAUCCAGGAAGGAAAAACGCCGUUGUUCCCGGAGGAGGAGAUUUAUUCUUAGAAGUUUUGAAGCAGCAUCCGGAAAUACUACAACAAAUCCUAAGUACUGUUUUAAAUGUGAUAAUGUUUGAGGAUUGUAGGAGUCAAUGGAGCAUGUCUCGCCCUCUCUUAGGUCUCAUAUUGUUGAACGAAGAAUAUUUUAAUCAAUUAAGGGAAAGUAUUAUUAGAAGCCAGCCGGUUGACAAGCAGGCAGCAAUGGCACAAUGGUUCGAGAAUUUAAUGAACGGGAUUGAGAGGAAUCUACUCACAAAAAAUAGAGAUAGGUUUACACAAAAUUUAUCAAUGUUUAGAAGAGACAUAAACGAUGCCCUAAAAGGACCUAAUGUAUCUGCAAAUUCUGUCAGUGACAUGAUGACUUCGUAGUGAUACUGCUCUCUCUGAAUUAGAUUCUUCUGGGCUCUUGCCUGCCAAAUGCUUGAAUGUGUGUGCGAGUGAAACUCUAAAUUAUGGUGAAAUUAAGUUUAUGGCUUUAGAUGAGUAUAAAGAUAAUAAAAUAAUACUACCGUUUUACAUAA